AUUGCAGGUGUAUCCUCUGUUCACAGCAGGACCUGACUAAUGUGCCUAACCUGCCUGCCCUCUUUAUUCAGGGUGUUUUGGGAUAACAUGGAGUGAAUGUGUCUACUUUUUUAUUUGCCAGUAAUCAAUAGGUAAUUGGUUUUGUAGUAUUUUUAGGGACCAUUGGUUUGAAUACUGGAACUGGGGUAGAACCAGUACAUCCCUAACCCAAGAUGAGUGCGACAAAGGAAGAUGUUGAGAAGUUCCUGGAUGGGAACCCGGCUUUCGCCCAGGGCUACUUCAACAAGAAGCUCACACCAGGAGCCCUCUCUGUGAUGGCGGGGAUCCCGGAGUCCAAGGUGGAUUUUGGGAUGUUACAGGAGCUGAGCCAGAUAGAGGAAGGCCAGAUCCUGUUCGACCUGAUCAAAGAAAUGCAGGAGAAUGUGAACAUGGAGAAAGUGGUGUUCAAGAUCCUGAAGAGGAUCGUCGCCCUGAUCCAAGCUGACCGCUGCAGCCUGUUCAUGUACCGGGAGAGGAACGGCAUCGCGGAGCUAGCCACGCGUCUUUUCAACAUCACCACAGAGUCUGAGCUGGAUGACUGUGUGGUUCACCCUGACCACGAGAUAGUCUUCCCCCUGGACCUUGGGGUGGUGGGAAAUGUGGCCCAGACCAAGAAACACAUCAAUUUGAAAGAUGCCAAUGAGAGCAGUCACUUCAGCUCGUUUGUUGAUGACCUGACAGAGUACAAAACCAGGAACAUAUUAUCCUCGCCUAUCAUGAACGGAGAGGAUGUGGUGGCUGUGAUCAUGGCCCUGAACAAGACCACUGGACCCCACUUCACCACUGAGGAUGAGGAUCUUUUUCUGAAGUAUCUCAGAAUAGCCUCUUUGAACCUGAAGAUUUACCAGCUGAACUACCUGUACAACUGUGAGACUCGAAAAGGACAGGUCCUGUUGUGGUCCGCCAACAAGGUGUUUGAGGAGCUGACAGACAUUGAGAGACAGUUCCAUAAAGCCCUGUAUACAGUGCGGGCAUACCUGAACUGUGACAGGUACUCUGUGGGCCUACUGGAUAUGACAAAGGAGAAGGAGUUCUUUGACAUCUGGCCAGUGUUGAUGGGAGAUCAGCCCCCCUACGCUGGACCUGUUACUCCGGAUGGCAGAGAAGUCAUAUUCUACAAAGUCAUUGAUUAUAUUUUGCAUGGAAAAGAGGAUAUCAAAGUUAUCGCGACUCCCACUCUAGAACACUGGGUGUUGUGUACUGGAUUGCCCACAUAUGUGGCCGAAACUGGUCUUAUAUGUAACAUCAUGAAUCCCACAACAGAGGAGAUGUUCAAGUUUCAGUCAGAGCCCUUGGAUGACAGUGGUUGGACCAUAAAGAAUGUGCUGUCCAUGCCAAUUGUUAACAUGAUGGAAGAGAUUGUGGGCGUGGCUACAUUCUACAACAGGAAAGAUGGGAAGCCAUUCGACCAGCAGGAUGAGGAGCUAAUGGAGGCUAUGACUAACUUCCUGGGCUGGUCCCACCUCAACACAGACACUAAUGACAGGAUGAAAAUGAUGGAGAACCGGAAAGACAUAGCCCAGGACAUGGUUCUCUACCACGUCAAGUGCCGUGAUGACGAAAUACAGACAAUCCUGAAAACCAGGCAGUAUUUCAACAGAGAGCCCUGUGACUGUGAAGAGGAUGAGUUUCUGCAGAUUCUGAAAAAAGAGCUACCCGGCCCCAAGAAGUUUGAGAUCUACGAGUUUGGGUUCUCUGACUUUGACUGCACAGAGCUGGAGCUGGUGAUGUGUGGGAUCCAGAUGUACUAUGAGGUCGGAGUGGUCAAGAAGUUCCAGGUUCCACAGGAGGUUCUGGUGCGUUUCCUGUUCUCUAUCAGCAAAGGCUACAGGAAAAUCACCUAUCACAACUGGCGCCACGGUUUCAAUGUUGGGCAGACUAUGUUCACACUGUUGACGACAGGGAACCUGAAAAGGUACUACACAGAUCUGGAGGUGAUGGCCAUGAUCACAUCUGCUUUUCUCCAUGAUAUUGACCACAGGGGGACAAACAACCUCUACCAGGUGAAAUCUGGUAACCCACUAGCCAAGCUUCACGGCUCGUCUGUCCUGGAGAGGCAUCAUCUAGAAUUUAGCAAGUUCCUUCUGGCAGACGAGUCCUUGAAUAUCUACCAGAACCUCAACAGAAGACAGAACGAGCAUGCCAUCCACCUCCUGGACAUUGCCAUCAUUGCAACAGACUUGCAACUCUAUUUCAAGAAGCGAACAAUGUUCCAGAAGAUUGUUGACCUAUCAAAGACCUACGAAGAUGAGAAGAAGUGGGUGGACUGGAUGUCACUGGAGACGACCAGGAAAGAGAUUGUCUUGGCCAUGAUGAUGACAGCAUGUGACCUGUCAGCCAUCACUAAACCAUGGGAGGUGCAAAGCAAGGUGGCGCUGUUUGAAGCAGCUGAGUUCUGGGAGCAGGGUGACUUGGAAAGGGAAGUUCUUGAAAAACAACCCAUUACUAUGAUGGACAGAAACUGCGCUGGCCAACUGCCCAAGCUGCAGUGUGGUUUCAUUGACUUUGUCUGCACAUUCAUCUACAAGGAAUUCUCCCGCUUCCAUCCGGCCAUCCAGCCGAUGUAUGAUGGCCUCCUAAACAACAGGAAGGAGUGGAAGGCCAAGCAGGAAGAGUACGAGGCCAAGCAGGCCAUCCUGGAAGCCCAGUCAGGGUCCAAGACGUGCUCAGUGUGCUAGAGCCCGUUUUGGAGGUAGAUCACUCCAGGAUACAUCACAGCCACAGUCUUGCUGCCGGCCAGGGCAGGGCCAGCCUCACCUAAGAGCAGCUGUGGAAAGACAGCCUGCACUCACAGCAUCAGAGCCUUGGAGAAGAGCCAGAGGGACUAUUUAGCAGCCACGCAGAAAAGCUGUUGGACCUGCUGGUUACAGACCCAUGUUGGCACAUUAUGGACACAACAGUCAAGUUUCUUCCUUCAGUUGAAGGGUAGUUGUCAUUAGUUGUAUUGGCAAAUCCACAUUUUAGAAGUUACCCCUGUCAAUAUGUUUCACGACCUUGGGAGGAAUCCUGCAAGUAGACGUGUGGAGAGUAUGCGUCUUAUGUACACUAAGUUCCUGAAGGUCUUUAUCAACCAAUUUAAGGAACAAGAAAUCACUCAAUUCUGAAAUAUUUGUUUCUAAACAUGUGGAAUGUCCUAUGAAUAUAACAUUAAUAUGCAUUGCUUCUCAUUUGACCUUUUUCAUACAGAAUACUGUUAAAUAAUAAAUAAUUUUUAACAGUAUUCUGUAUUUUUUUAACAUUUAUUCUACCUUUAUUUAACUAGGCAAGUCAGUUAAGAACAAAUUCUUAUUUUCAAUGACGGCCUAGGAACAGUGGGUUAACUGCCUUAUUCAGGGGCAGUUAUUAUACAAAACCUUGGUGGAUUCAUCAAGAAUCCAAUAUUACAUCAACAGUGUAAUUACAGUGGCUUAUGUUGUUCUUCAUACCUUCCAGUCAGUCAUCAUUUACAUGAGAGAAUGUGUUUACCCUAAUGGUAAUCAAAAGUAGAUUAUGCAGUAGUUAGGUUAGCGUCCUGAUACGCCAUGGUGGUAGCUAGACGAGCGGUUAGAUCGUUGGGCCAGUAACCGAAAGGUCGCUAGUUCAAACUCCUGAGCCGACAAGGUGAAAAAUCAGUUUGUGCCCUUGAGCAAGGCACUUAACUCUAACUGCUCCAGGGUCACCAUUGAUAAUGGCAAACUCUGGCCAUGACCCCAUUCUCUGAGGGGGUUGGGAUAUGCAAAAAAACACAUUUCUAAUUCACAAGAGUAUUAAUACACACUUGUACAUGUGUGAAAUAGGACAGAAAAAGCACCCACAGUAUUUAUGUAUGUUUUAUGAUUUCACUCCAUUACAGGGUAAUGUUACCCCUUGUUGUGGGUUGCUAUGUGAUAGUUUUGCUGUCAACUAAUUGUUACUGUCCCGUGCUGUUUAAGUACAGAAAGGUAAAUAUUAUAGAAAGUCUGAAGUCAAGACAGUCGAGAUUCUCUCUGUGUGUACAUUUAAAAUGUAUUGUACUGAGAUAGGAGAGAAAGGAGUUGACAUUUUCAGGAAGGUCUGUUACAGUCCCUGGCUAUCAACACUGAACUAGAAAUGGUUCAUUUAGAAAAAACUAUCAUUCUCAAUAUGUAACUGUUCACUGUCUAUUUUAGAAUAUUUGAAUAAGACAUACUUUUAAGGUAAAAACAAGAUACAAUAUGUCUCAAAUGAUGUGUGUGUAUGAUCUAUAACAAUAUGGAUGGAUUUCCAAAUGGUCCACUGAGGAUAAUGGUCAAAGUCCCAAACCCUCGGUAGUUAUUGAAGCCAGUGGCCUUGAUUCUGAUACGAGCCGACUCAGUGGAUCCAUAGAAUCUCCUAGUACUCGUUAUGAACAAAGAAUAAUCAUGUUCUUAUAGCAGCCCCACUCUCUAUGGGGUAUCUAUGCUUUGAUAGAUAUAAUCAUUUGUAAAUAGUGUCCUGCUGUAAAAAAUAUUUAAAUUAUAGUAUAUUUUUUCAGAUGAUUAAUAGGUAAUACAUAGAUUCUCUAUGAACAUCAGUGCAACAUUACUGUUAUGCUCUGUACCCAUUUAUUAGAAGCAGCAAUUAUUUUUGCUUAACCAUACCAUUAAAAAUUGCAACUAACAUUUUAUUCCCCAAUUUGCUGUUACAAAUAUUUGCAUGUAAACAUGACCAGAAUUCUGAAGCUCUGUAUGUGCUAUCUAGAAUAACCAAAAUAAAGUAAAUUCAUUUUUAAA